AAACUACACAAAUCCAGCUCAAAGCUGAGUGCGGACGAAAAGUGAGCAGGGGCGCAGAGGAGAGAAUAACAGGGCAGGGGAGACAUGCGUGGGCAAAGGCGGUGUGUUAGCCUUUAGCGUCUGCGGUCCAGGACACGGAUGGUGACCAAGAACCUGAAUAUGAAUCUUCUCAGCCGUGCUGGAAGUGCUCAAGACUUGGACUGAUAUUUAGCAGGGCUAUUACGUUGCAUCCCUAUCCGCUUCCUCCUCCUCACACUGACGUCCAUCCGCUACAAAAGCAGAAAAAAAAACUUUGAUUGCACAUUUUUCCUGCACUGGGAAGCAAUUUGCCUCUGGCUUUACCGGUAAGCAUUGGAUCCGUCAACUUACUGCGACUCUCCGGUGUACAGCCCGGACCUCUGCCCAAACAUGAUUGCGACGCAGGCAAAGCUGGUUUACCAGCUUAACAAGUACUACAACGAGAGAUGCCAAGCGCGCAAAGCAGCCAUUGCGAAGACUAUAAGGGAGGUUUGUAAAGUGGUGUCGGAUGUCCUGAAAGAGGUGGAAGUGCAGGAGCCCCGGUUUAUCAGCUCCCUCAGUGAGAUAGACGCGCGCUAUGAGGGGAUGGAGGUCAUCUCCCCCAACGAGUUCGAGGUGGUGCUGUACCUCAACCAGAUGGGGGUGUUCAACUUCGUGGAUGACGGCUCCUUGCCCGGCUGCGCGGUCCUGAAGCUGAGCGACGGCCGCAAAAGGAGCAUGUCGCUGUGGGUCGAGUUCAUCACAGCCUCGGGUUACCUCUCGGCCAGGAAGAUCCGCUCAAGGUUUCAGACUCUGGUGGCACAAGCCGUGGAUAAAUGCAGCUACCGCGACGUGGUAAAGAUGGUAGCCGACACCAGCGAGGUCAAGCUACGGAUCAGGGAGAGGUACGUGGUGCAGAUCACCCCCGCGUUCAAGUGCACUGGGAUUUGGCCUAGAAGCGCAGCACAGUGGCCCAUGCCUCACAUCCCCUGGCCCGGUCCUAACCGGGUAGCAGAAGUCAAAGCCGAGGGUUUUAACCUCCUCUCCAAAGAGUGCUACUCGUUAACGGGGAAGCAGAGCUCCGCGGAGAGCGACGCCUGGGUGCUGCAGUUCAGCGAGGCCGAGAACAGGCUGCUCAUGGCCGGCUGCAGGAAGAAGUGUCUGUCCGUGCUGAAGACUCUGAGGGACCGGCACCUGGAGCUGCCGGGGCAGCCGCUCAACAACUACCACAUGAAGACCCUGCUGCUGUACGAGUGCGAGAAGCACCCGAGAGAGACCGACUGGGACGAGUCUUGCCUCGGAGACCGACUGAAUGGUAUCCUGCUGCAGCUCAUAUCCUGUCUGCAGUGCCGCAGAUGUCCCCACUACUUCUUGCCAAACUUGGACUUGUUUCAGGGAAAGCCUCACUCAGCCCUGGAGGCUGCUGCGAAGCAGACAUGGAGACUAGCGAGGGAAAUCCUCACCAACGCGAAAAGUUUGGACAAAUUAUAAACUGAUCGCCCAGACAGCACCGAGAGACUUUUUGUUUUGUUUUUUUCUGAGGAUAAAAACUUAAUUCGCCAACCGAGUCUCCAAGCAAUGUGAAAGUAAGAACAGCAACAAAUACAGCGAACAAAACACAAGUUGUUUUUUUUUUAAAAAAAAAGAAAGAAAGAGAGGAAAGAAAUGGAACAAUUGGGACACUGCCGCAGAGAAAGUGAAGGUACAAUUUCAGAUAAAUGUAAGAAAUUUUAGUUGUCUUCUUUAAAUGUUUUCACAAAGUGAAGAAACUUUUAUUUAAAUAUAUGCACAAAAAGCGUUAAGUGAAAGAAUAAAAUGUAGCGUGCCAAGUUCAUUUUUUCAUUAUGUGACUUUAAAAAAAAAAGGAAAUGUUAAUAAAAUGUUGCAAAUUAAAUUACAA